CAGACAGUAGUUGUUAUUUUUGUCGUCUCCACAACUUCAUUGUCAACCGACCGCAACCAACGUGUUGCAGAUCGAAGGCUUCAACAAGAGUUCAGUUUCAAGUGAUAAAUUAGUAAGAAAUUUGUCGUAGCAGACAGCAACGGCAGACAAAUCAAGAUCUUUUCAAAAUGCUGGCGCCACCCGAAGCCCUCCCCCACUUAAAAUGCAGCGCCUGCACCAAACACCUGUCGUAUUUUCCAGUCUACGUGUCUCAGAAUUCGGAAUCGACGAAACUCGGAACUCUCUGCGGAAGAUGUUCCGAAAAUCUAAUAGUCAACGAAAGAAAUUAUGUACGAGAUACUCUAUAUGAAACCAUGGCUCAAUUUAUAAAAUUCCCCUGCAUAUACCAUUCGGAAGGCUGCAUCGAAAGUCUAAUUCCGGCGGACGUUCCCAACCACGAACGUAACUGCCCCUACAGGAUUAUCUCUUGCGCUCUGGACUGCGUUUGGCAAGGAACUGUCCACGAACUCUGUACCCACAUUGAAGACACUCACCAAAAUGUUCUCAUCCGGAACGGCGAAUUUGAAAUGGACAUUUUAAACUCUUACGAAACGUAUAGCUUCCUAGUGCACGAAGACGAAAUUUUUAACCUAAAGCGGAAAUACAACUCGACGGACAAGAUUUUCACUUGUUCUCUCUUCAGUUAUAAAGUUCUAGAUACUGUAACCAACCAUUACUACGAAGUAACUGUUUUCAACGGUAACAGAAAUCUGUCGGUCAAGUUUCCGCUUAGACGAGCUGAGAAUUUCAAAGAGGACAACGUGACUGUGAUAGAUGUUGAGAAAGUGAAAAGACAACUAGACGACCCUUCUAUUAUUAUAGGAUCAAUAAGAAUAUUCACACUCGAUAAUCAAAAGGAAGAAAAACCGACACCAAAAAAUCCGUACACGGAGUUAGAGCUAAGUAUGCUGAACGAGUUGGAAUGUCCGGUGUGCUUCGAGUACAUGAUUCCACCCAUUUUUCAAUGCGAUGGUGGCCACAGCAUUUGUAGCAAUUGCAAAUCUCAAAUAAAGGAAUGCCCUACGUGUAAAGAAGAAAUAGACGACACCCACAACUUCGCUUUAGAGAAGAUGGCGCAGUUGAUACAUUAUCGAUGCAAGUUCAACGAGCUUGGAUGCAAUUAUAGGGCGAAACCUGACGAAAUGAAGCAACACCAAACAUUCUGUUUGUUUGGGCCACAUCAGUGUCCUUUGAAAGAUUACGAGAAUUGUAAAUGGGCUCACGCCGCCAAGGAAAUAUAUCCUCAUAUAGUCUCAAAGCAUCACGAGAAUUUGUUAGAAAUUGAUCAUGUGCAAGUUUUUAUGGGCGACGACUAUUUAACUCAAGAGGAAGAUCUGUGUUACAUUAAAAAGUUUUCUGAUGCGUUGUUCAAGUUGCAUUAUCGGUUUUCGCAGAACUGUUUUUACUGGUCGAUGCAGCUGAUUGGGCCUCCGGACGAGGCGAGGAAAUACAGAUUCGAAAUCGAUGUCUUGGAUAACACCAACAGCAACCAAAAGAUCUUUCUGAGGAAUUUCUGCGCACCGUUGACUGACAAAAACGAGACUUUUAACCAAGAUAGUCCACACGUGUUUCUCAAGCUGGAACAAAUUCAACCUCUGUUGACUGAUCAACUAAACUAUUUUAUUCGUAUUAUAAAGUGAUAACCUUUUAUACUAUGUGAAGACGUUUUAUUACGAUUUAUGUAUGGCCAUUUUUGUUAACAAUAAAAUUGCUUGGAGAGUC